UUAUGUCAGGAAAUAACCUCGAUUACGAAUAUGUUUUUCCUUAUGAUGGAAAAACACUUUGGAUAGAUAACGACAACGAGAUAAAACCUUAGUCAUAAAACAUAUCACUAAAAGAAAUAGCUUUUACAAAUUUAAAAAUUUAUAAUCUCGAGGAUAGUGGGGGACACUAGAAAUGCGGAAAAAAUCGAAGAAGAAAGUGCGGAAAAAACACAAAAGUGAAGAAGAAUUACUUGAAGAGAAGAAAGCUGAAGAAGAAAAGAAGGAGGAAAAGAAGUUAUUUUUUGAAUUUAUAACGAGAGACAAAUGGGCCGCGGAGGAACCAAAAAAUGCUUUAAGAACCUUUAGAAAACUCCCUGAACUUGUAAGGGUGUGUACAACAGGAACCCCCCCUUGUAGUGAGAUAGCUGAGUGUAGUGGGUUAGUACACAAUAUGCAAGAGAGGGACUUUGAUGAAGGAGUUCCAGACAUCAAAUACAAUUUUCUAGUCUCGCCCGAAGGGGUGGUGUUUGAAGGACGUUCGUGGAAGCAGAUUCCCCACAUUAGAGGACAAAGAUAUAGAAGUCGAUGUCUUCUUUUAGGUAUCAUAGGCGAAUAUCUUGAUGUUAUGCCACCAAUACAAUCUUUAAGGUCGAUUGGCGAUCUUUUAAACUUGGCUAUGGAAGAGAAGCAUCUAGAUCGUCAUUUUAAAAUGCUCCCUUUCCAAUCGUUCAAAAUACCAAAACCUGAUUAUUUCCCACCGCCGAGAGUAAGUUUUGAUGAGUUUGAAGAUAUGGUGCCCGAAUAUGAAAUGUUUAUUUGAGUUGUAAACUAGUCAAUACUUGUAAAUACGAUUUGUAAAUAUGCGGAUUUGUUAUAACACAUAAUAUGGUUGUUUUUAUGGCUGUUGAUAUUGUUAACUGUUUUAAUCCGAUGUUGC